GGCGCCUCCUCCCUCAUAUUGUAGUAUUACAGUUGCAGGAGACUCCAGCACUAUCCACCCAGACUUGCGCUCUGCGUCUGCCUCCCUGGGAUCUCUGGGCUGCAUCAGAACUAAUGGACACAGCACAGCAAUAGUGCAUCCCUCUCACUCCUGCAUUGAAUACCAGCAGUGCUUGCUACAGGAUGUACACACAGGACUAGGAUAAGUGUUCCUUACAGCCCCGGAGAAGGUUGGUCGCACGGAUACUGCUUUAAUUCAGUGGAUUUGUCUCUACGUCGUCCAAUAACCUGUGUCACGGCCACUGGCCUCACCUUGGGGAGCUAGGUGCUAAAUAGCUGCGGUAAAAAGGUCUGAGUUGCCUGUCCAUUGCACACUCGCCACUUCCUUCCUGCCUGUGACUCUCAGGUGAGACCUCACCUCGUUCCGGAGCCAUCAGCAGUGUCAGAGCUGGAGUGGGGACACCAGUGGGGGGACUUGCUGGGCACCCGUGAGCUGUGCUGCGCUCUGAGCCUGCGACUAUUGAUAGUGGAGAUUUGCCAUCUGUAAGGACGCGAGGUGUCCGGUGCCAGUUCCUCUGCAACUGCCCAGCUGGAUGGACCUACCUGAGGAUCCCUGGUCCGAUGUCAGGAGACUGACUAUAGGGAGCUCUUCUUACCACACCAAGCUCAGAGGGACUACUGACAGCUCGUCCUCGUCUCCUUCCUCCAGCUCACCGGGAGAGUUGGGCUCCAGCAAACCCCAGCACCCUGAGACAGAGAGGGGCCAGGCUCUGCAGGAGGGCAGGACCUCCGCCCAUCACUUUGGUGUUACCCAUCUCCCCACCCUGCCCAACCCGGAGGAUAUCAUACUUUUUAGGGAUUUAGAUCACAUCAACAAACUCAUCUUACCCAGCAGAGACUCCAGGUUCAGCGCCUUGUCCGAGCCUCAGGGGGAUAUGUACCAAACACUGACCAUCACUGCUGCGCAGGGGCCGGUCAGCUACGAUGGCUCUGCAGGGAGCUACAUGCACUCCGCUGCCAGCUCACCAGUCUACGUGCCCACCACCAGGGUUGGCUCUAUGCUCACAAGCAUCUCCUACCUGCAAGGCGGUGGGCCUUCCCAGGGCUCCCACUCUGUGAGCAAUCAUUCGGUGUGGCCCCAGUCGGCUUCAGAGAACUCCUCAUAUAGCAGCAACAGUCCGCACACAUCCAGCCGGUACCAUUAUACCCCCAGCCCGCCCAUGGCCAAUGGAAGCAGCAGGGAUGGUGGCUACAACAAUGGCAUCAACGUAAAUGGCAGAGAUCAAUAUACACCCCUGACCAGGUCUCUUAACGGAUCCUAUGCCAGUCCCUACACAUCCUACAUGGCACCACCUCUGGCUUCAGCCUGGUCUGCAGGGCCCUUUGACAACUCCAUGCUCCACAGCCUUCAGAGCAGACCUUCUCAAAUCCCAAUAAGAGGGCAUCCUGGAGAUGUCCUGGACGAGCUGCCUGAGAGCCGGGAGUGUGUGAACUGUGGCUCGGUGCAGACCCCCCUGUGGAGACGCGACGGCACCGGACACUACCUGUGCAAUGCAUGCGGCUUGUAUAGCAAGAUGAAUGGCCUGAGUCGGCCCCUCAUCAAACCGCAGAAAAGAGUGCCGUCCUCCAGAAGAAUUGGCUUGGCAUGUGCCAACUGCCACACAACGACAACCACACUUUGGCGCAGGAAUACAGAGGGAGAGCCAGUAUGUAACGCCUGUGGCCUGUAUAUGAAACUACAUGGGGUUCCUCGACCAUUAGCUAUGAAGAAGGAGGGGAUCCAAACCAGAAAAAGAAAGCCGAAAAACUUAAACAAGUCAAAAUCCAGUAAUGGUACUGGCGGCCACCAAAUUCCAAUGACUCCAACUUCCACAUCAUCCACAAACUCUGAUGAUUGUGUAAAGAGCGGUUCUCCAAACAAUCAGAGCACGGCUUCUGGGGUGGGGUCAUCCAUGAUGUCUUCGCAGCAGAGUGGGAGCACCAGCCCAGAUAACAAUACGCUGAAGUACACAGGGCAAGAGGGGCUGUACUCAAGCUUGGGAUCUGCGUCUGAAGUUGGAGGUUCUGUCAGGCAGGAUUCAUGGUGUGCCUUGGCCUUGGCUUGAUAACAUUCACCAUAAGAUUGGUUUUGACAUCAGAUAACUUCCUCCUCACUCUUGUUAGUACUUGCUUAUGCAAAGUGAUGGACUUGUGAUCUUUGACAGACUACAAUGAACAUUUCCUUGACUUUCAUUUUUAGUGCCUUGGUUCAGAUGGAGUUUUGUGGAGAACCUAGUGCCAAGGUCUUCAUCUAUGGAAGACAAAUGUGACCAAGAGAAGUACAAUGUCCAUGAACACAAAAUAUUAAAAAAAACCUCCUUUGAAUGAACUUCCUUAGCUGCAUGGAUGCAAUUACUUUGUUAGAGAUUGGCCAUUAUAAGACAGCAUGCGUUGAGAAAUGCUGUCUUUCCAAAAACACAUGGCCCAGUUUCCUUUUCUAGGUUUGGUGGAUUUCUUCCAUGUCAACUAUAUUUGGCUGCAUCUACUGUUUCAUUUUCUGUAAUCAUCUCAACAAAUGUUUACUGUCACUCCUGUCCAUACUUGGCUCAUUAUGAGCCAAACAGACGACAUUCUGUCCAAUACAAUAUCUGUUCCAACAUAGAUAGAGCCAACUACAAGCAGCCAAGAUAGCUCAUUUAUUGGACCUAGGCACCUUCAGACUUUGCAGACUAUGGAAAUGGAAUGCAUAAUGAAAGCAUUAUUGUAUCUUGCUAUAGAUAGCAUGGGUUGGCUAUUAGUUUGCUAAAUAUCCAGGCAAGUAAGUUAUCCAUUACUUACACACAGAUACUUUAGAAACCUGAGUAACAAACAAAAUAUUAUGAACAGUUUAGGCGUUAUGAAGUAAAGAAGGACAGUAUUCCAUUAAUUCUUCCUUAUUCUUAUUUGUUAAUACUACUGUUCCAUUUCUUCCAAACGUAAUGAAUUAUGGUUUUAAAAGUAUGACAAGCCAUAUAGAGUGGUUAAUGACCAGCACAUGCAUUAUUCAUUCUUUCAAGCGCUUGUCAAAGCUGGCCAGAUGAUUGGUCCGUUAGUGUAAUGCAUCAUAGUCAAGACCUUAUUGGGUAUGAAAAACAUUUUUAUUCAAUUCCCUAUACUGCAUCAGUUUUCUUAUCACAGCUUUUAAACGGUCUCACCAAAGCAGUGGAAAGUCACUGUCCUGAAAUAAAGUUUGCAGCUAAAUACAAGUGUAAUGUUGGUGUGGCAUUCUAACAUUUAACAACCCAUGCGGAUAUUUUCUUAUUAGUAAAUAACCUAUGGGGCAUAAAGUUUUCAAUUCAGUUCUGCCAGUGUUAGGAUACAGAAAUCUCUCUUUGGUACACUCUAUGAAAACCUGAGUUUGCUGGGUUCAAGUUCAUGAAAUGUAUUGAUUAACUUAUCCAGUGAUUUUGAAACCAACAUUCAGGUGGAGGGUUUUUUCUUUAUUUGAAUUUAAAAAAUGUGACUGUUUGUUCGGUCUCUUUUUGCAUACAGGGUAGCAAACUACACUUUUUCUUCCAUGAUACAAUAUUUUUGUAAACAGAAAAAGUGCAAUUUCCAUUGCAGCAAUCAGUGUUAAAUCAUUUACAUAAGAUUUAACAACUUUUUGUAUCGAAUGUAGACAUUUUUAACUUAAUGGUACUUUUAUUAAUUUAAUAAUAAUGUUAAGUUGGCAUUUUUAUAACUUUCUAAGGUUGUAACAGACACCCCAAUACAAGAUUUAAAUUAGCAUUUUGUGGUUUUUAUUUUUUUCUAAUUAUAUUUUUUCUUUCAAGAACAAAUAUGCUCAGGAAAAUGGUCUUUACUAUGAAUUUUCUAGUAAAUGCAAAUAACCCCACUACCUAUUUGCUGUUGGAUUUAAACGUGUGCAAAAAUGCAACACAUUUAAAAAUGUUUAUGUGUUAAAUAUGUACAUACUUGUUAAAGUAAAGAGAACCACAAUUGUGUGACUGGCACAUUGCUAAGUUGGAUUUAUGUGUUUUGUUUGUUUUUUUUUUUAAGUGGGAUGUUGUUUGGAGCGUUGCCAUAAUAGAGCUUUAAAAAUAAUAAAAAAAAGCUUAUUGUUUCUAUCA